AUGCCUGUUAAACAUUCAAAAUUUGAACAGUUACCCAAUGAAAUAUUAAUAAUUAUAUUCAGCUUUAUGAAAACGAAAAAUCUCUAUCAAAUAUUUAAAAAUUUAAAUCAACGAUUCAAUACAAUUAUUGGCGAAGUAGAUCAUUAUAUUAAUUUCGAAGAAUAUACAAAAAAGGAAUAUCGUGAAAUAGUAAUGACGAAUGAAGAUGCAUUUUCAGUUCAUCAAAUUGUUUCAUUAACAAUCUUUGAUGAUAAGAAUCAGUAUGAUGUUGCUUCAUUCAACACCGUUCUCUUCUUCUCAAAAUAUCAACAAUCUCAUUUUCCUAAAUUAAAAUCUCUCACAAUCAACGGUCUUACUCUAGCUCUCUUUUCUAAAUUAUCUAUUUCUAUUCUACGACAACUCGUCACACUAUCCAUUUCUGCUUCUACUUCACCACCAACUACACCACGUCUUGUUCAACGUCUAUUUAAAUUACUAUUUGCUACUGAAAAUUUCGAUCAUCUCAAAAAACUUUCACUUAACUUUGAUUUUGAAACUAAUCGACCUGAUCCAGACAGUUGGUGUGGUACACGUGAAUCUGUUGAAGAUAUAACACUUCCAUUUUCUGCGAUUACACAACAACAACCAUCGAUCACCUGUUUGAUAAUCAAACAUCGUGUGCAUGAUAUCGAUCUUGUACAUUUACUCAAAUAUCUUCCGAAUCUAAAAUUUCUUUCAACCACAUUAGUGAUGUAUCCAAAUCUGUCUGCGUUGGAAAAAUGUUCGAAUUUAACUUCACUUGAACUUGAUGUGACUGGUAUUGAAUUAACACAUAUUGAAGAAUUCCUCUUCCAAAUGUUUCCAAAUCUAAGUAAAUCUUUAACAGUUGAUUUUUGUCCUUCACCACAUAUACGAGGUGAAAUCAGUGAAGAAAGACUGCAGAAAUUCUUUCAAAAUUUAUCAGAAAAAAUUAACAAAUUUAUGAUACAUAUAAAACAUGAAGAACAAGAUGAUGAAAAUGGAUAUUAUUUUCAAGAAUAUGAAACAGAAAAAUAUUGGAUACGAUUUGAAUUAACCGAGUUAAAUAAUGAAUAUUAUGGUGAUAAAUGUGGAACGAGAUUUUAUAAUGUGUUAAAGUAA